AUGGCGGGUCCGGCGGAGAGGAAGAUGAAGGUGUGGGAGCUGGUGCUGCGGUGCCUCGUCGGCGGCUUCGGCGCGGUGGCGGCGGCGCUGGUGGUCACCGACAGCCAGACCAGGACCUUCUUCUCCCUCGAGCGGAGGGCCAAGUACACCGACAUGAAGGCUCUGGUGCUCCUGGUGGCCGCCAACGGCGCUGCCGUCGUGUACAGUCUACUGCAGGCGGCGCGCUGUGCCGUGGCGAUGGCGAGGGGAGGCGGCGCGCUGGUCAUGAGCAGAAGGGUGCUCGCCUGGUCGGUCUUCUCCGGCGACCAGCUGCUGGCGUACGCGAUGCUGGCCGCGACGGCGGCGGCGCUGCAGUCGUCGCUGCUCGGGAAGCUCGGGCAGCCGGAGCUGCAGUGGAUGGGGAUCUGCGGCCUCUACGGCGCCUUCUGUAGGCAGGUCGGCGCGGGCAUCGCGUGCGCCGUCGUCGCCGGACUCGCCGCCGUGCUCCUCGCAUCCUUCUCCGCGUUCAACCUGUUCCGCCUCUACGGCGGCAACAAGGGGAGCAAUAGUACUAGAAACGGCGCAACGUGGUACUAG